AUGUUUAAUUCUACGCAGGUUUCGUAUUUCAUACUAAGCACCUACUCUGACACUAAGGAUUUGAAGUCUUUAUAUUUCAUUAUUACCAUGUCUCUGUAUGUUUUUAUAAUGCUCUCAAACCUCCUGCUCAUCGUGGUGAUCUGUUUGCAUAGAAGCCUCCAUGAGCCCAUGUACAUCUUCCUCUGCAGUCUGUUUGUGAACGAGCUGUUUGGUAGCACCGGGUUGUUUCCAUUCCUCUUGGUUCAGAUUCUCUCUGACAGUCACACUGUUUCUGCUCCUCUCUGUUUCCUGCAGAUCUUCUGUGUGUACUCAUAUGUGUGUGUAGAAUAUUUAAACCUAGCCAUAAUGUCUUAUGACCGAUAUCUUGCGAUCUGUUACCCUCUACAAUAUAACACACAUAUGACAGCGAAAAAGGUGGCCAUGCUUAUUGGUGCAGCGUGGUUAUUCCCUCUUUUUGCAAUAGUUGUUUUGAUAUCUUUGAGCGCGCCCUUACAGCUGUGCGGGAACAUCCUCAACAAAGUGUUCUGUGGAAACUAUGCUAUUGUUAAACUGGCCUGCUUUGAUACCAGAGUAAAUAACAUUUAUGGACUUCUAUAUACUGUCAUCUCAGUCAUUAUCCCUCUCUUUUUAAUUCUUUACACUUACAUGAAAAUUUUAAAAGUCUGUUAUUCUGGUUCCAAGCAGACCAGACAGAAAGCCGUCAGUACCUGCACCCCUCACCUGGCUUCUCUGCUCAACUUCUCGUUUGGUUGUUGUUUUCAAAUAUUACAGAGCAGAUUGGAUAUGAGCUUACCAAGCGCGCUGGAUAUCUUAUUGUCAUUAUACUUUCUAACAUGCCAGCCUCUCUUUAACCCACUACUUUAUGGACUGAAACUGCCUAAAGUAUAUAACAUAUGUAAGCACCUUAUGUGUGGUGGGGUGUAG